CCUGUGUAAGCAGUUCAUAUCUGACACGAGAUCAUCGCUGGUACCAGUCUUCAGAUAGCAUAUCGUCUUGCGUUUAGAAUGGAGAAGGAAAUCACACAAUCACAGCACUCGAACUGUAAAAUCACAUGAAACUACUUGGGUGUUACAUCCGUAUAUUUAAUUAAUCGAUUUAUUAUUUAAUAGCUAAUAGAACAGGUCAUUCAAUCAUUUGAAUUAAUAACAAUAUCAAGUUAUCUCUGAAAUACAUAUAACUGGAUCUCAGACAGGUAGGCAGGAUAUGCUUUAAUGCGAUCAUUUUUAAUGAGAUAUAUUUUUCGACCAAUGGAAUUAAUUACAAGAGUGUGAUCGAAUGCAGAUCCAGGUACUACAAGUGAUAUAAUAUGAACUUCCUGCCGAGCGGGAUCUCGUUCUUUUUGUCUUUAUUUAUCUGCUGGUUCACAUCCAGAGUCGGCUCGUCUUGGUGGUACAUGGGUAGGCCUACCCUGGGUUCUCAAGUGAUGUGCGAUAACAUUCCCGGAUUAGUGAACAAGCAGCGGCAGCUGUGUCACCAGCAUCCCAAUAUGAUGCAGUCGAUUGGAGUUGGGAUUACUGAAUGGAUUAGAGAAUGUCAGCAUCAGUUCCAACAUCACCGCUGGAACUGUAGCACGAUGGCUCGAGACCACACCCUCUUUGGCAGGGUUCUGCUCAGGAGUAGUCGUGAAGCUGCGUUUGUCUAUGCCAUCUCCUCCGCGGGUGUGGUGUAUUCUCUAACCCGAGCCUGCAGUCAGGGGGAGCUGGAAUCCUGCUCCUGUGAUCCCAAGAAGAAAGGCUCCUCCAGAGACAGUAAGGGUACCUUUGACUGGGGAGGCUGCAGCGACAACAUAGACUACGGCAUCCAGUUUGCACAAGCCUUUGUAGACGCCAGGGAGAGAAAAGAGAGGGAUGCCAGGGCCCUGAUGAAUCUCCACAACAACAGAGCUGGGAGAAAGGCAGUGAAACGCUUUCUGAAACUAGAAUGCAAGUGUCACGGUGUAAGUGGAUCUUGUACAGUAAGGACUUGCUGGCUGGCAAUGGCAGAUUUCCGGAAGACCGGAGAUUACUUGCGGAGAAAGUACAACGGAGCCAUCCAGGUUGUUAUGAAUCAGUAUGGCACUGGUUUCACUGUUGCCUACAAGAAGUUGAAGAAGCCAACUAAAAAUGAUCUGGUUUAUUUUGAGAACUCGCCAGAUUAUUGCAUCAGGGACCUUGAAGCAGGAUCUCUGGGCACUGCUGGCCGGAUCUGUAACCUUACAUCCCGUGGAGUGGACAGCUGUGAGGUGAUGUGCUGUGGAAGAGGAUACGACACCGCCAGCGUCUCGAGGAUGACACAGUGCGAGUGCAAAUUUCACUGGUGCUGUGCUGUCCAUUGCAAACACUGCCACGAGGUUGUUGAUGUGCAGACUUGCAAAGCUCUAAAGAAUACCGAUUGGCUGGAUCAGACAUGACAGGAGAGUAGAACAUUAGGACAUUUUGCACCAUGUAGGCUGCAUACAGCAAAGAAGAUAUAAAGAAGGUAUUUAGUCGUAUGGAAAUUAUAUUAUUAUUGCUGAUAAAUACCACUUUUUAGAUUUUUUGUUUUCUUUUGUUUUGUUAUACCAUC